UGUUUUGCUGACUCGCAAAAGAAGAAGAGUACUAUUUAGAAUUCGUAAACAAAGAAAAGGGGAAAAAAGUAUGAAUGAAAGAAUCAAAACAAAUAAACUAGAAAUCUCUCACUUGAAUUCUUUGAAGAAGGGAAACGCACUCUAACUCAAAAUUCAAAAAAAAAAAAGCACUGCUGCGCCUACUGACUUUUAAAAGAAAAAGUUUUUACAAAUCAGUUGGCGAGGUAUCGUUCACUACUAAUUUAGAUUUUGUCAAAGUGUUCGAAUUUUUCCUUUUACUAAAUUGUUUGAAAUAAUGAGCCGGAAUAUAUUAGCUCCGCCGUUGGUGUAUAUGAGUAACAAUCGCCGCUACCGGGUGAAUUUGGUUCAUGAAGAUUUUAAUGAUCAACGCCAAGCUUCCCAGGCCGCAAUGAAGGGCAAUCUUCACAACGCUAAGCAAGCGUACAACGAACGAGAUUUAUAUGGGGAAGAACAUAACGACGAAAUAGAUGAUGAUCUAAGUGACAUUGAAUGCCAAAACUCUAUUUUUAAGCUGAAGAUACACGUAGCAUCUUCAUUUUAUGGCGGUCUUAUUGGUUUUAAGGGUGCGACUAAACGCCGUUUGGAAACCGAAACGUCAACUGAAAUAAUGAUACCCCCUCGCGUCGCUGACAAUGGGAAUAAAAGUCGCGAAACUAAUGUCAUAAUUAAAGGCAAAACUCGAAAUGCUGUCGCUACCGCUAAACGUAAAAUUGAUGUAUUGGUGGCCUCAUUGAGAGGUCGAAUGAAUGCUACGCACUUUUUUGGAGUAGCCUUAAAUUAUGAUGAAAUACUUGAGAAUUUUCAAGUUUUCAAAGAACUAAUUUUGUCUGCCCAAUUACCCAGCAUUGAUGAAAGUUUAUUUCAACUUGACUCAAGUCUUCAUGCCACUCUUGGCGCUUGUGUGUUAAUGGAUGACGUAGAACGUAAUAAGGCUGCCACAAUAUUACAAAGUUGUCGCGAGUUCCUAGCAAAUGUUAAAACUCCUUUCAAAGUGCAUGUUCGGGGGUUAGAAAUUAUGAAUGAUGACCCAAGCGCUGUGCGCGUUCUGUACGCUAUCGUUGAUUCACCAGAUUUGCAGUUAUUUAGUGACCGCUGUCUUCAACGUUUUAUUGAGAGUGGAUUUAUGACAGCGAGAGAUGCCCAACGGGAGCGCGUCAAAUUACACAUGACUCUCAUGAAUAAUCGCUUUAAGGAAGUGUAUUCACCAGACACUUCAACAAAAGCAAUAACAAAGACUUUCGAUGCCCGUGAAAUUCUCAAGCGUUGGGGCGAUUUUGACUUCGGUUCAGCUUUGUGCAAAGAAAUACUUUUGUGUGUUAUAGGCUCUUCCAGGGAAAAUAAGGGAGACUUUUACAAAAUUUCUAGCACUUUAAAAUGUGAAUAAAAAUAUGAAAGAUAUUCACUGCAUUGUGUUCUAUAUUUUGAACUUAACAGAAUAAACUUUAACUGCAGCAUAGGAAACUA